AUGGAGAAGAAGAGUGGAUGGUGCGACCGGUUCCGAAAGAAGCGCGGCGUGGUUCGCUACGAUCAAAAAUUUCCAAGCCAUCGUCGCGGUCACUUCAAUUUGGACGACUACGAAGGUGACUUCGACUCUUUCUACUGUUUCUCGGCUGAAGAAGAUGGGGAACAAGCGUCCAGCUAUCAAGAAGUGAUGAAGAGCGGCUACAAGGAGCAGUGGCUCCAGGCAAUGAAGAGCGAGAUGAAGUCGCUUGAAGAACACAGCACAUGGAAGCUAGUGAAAAUGCCACCGGGCAAGAGGCCGUAG